GGGCUCCGCUGAGGAUGACGUCAUCAACAAUCGACAAACACUUACUCGCAUGCGUGCGCUCGAAUCUAGUGGACAAGAUAUGUCCGUUUAUCGUCUGUAAAUGUAAUAUUUCAUUCAGAAUAAUAGUUAUAUACGUAACCUUUUGAAAAUGAGCUUUCGAUUGUGUUUAUUUUUAUUAAGACCUAGAAUACACCGAUCUUGCGUAGGGCGAAGUCUUUCUUUACACAAAACAUCAUGUACUGCUGGAGGUAAACACAUGCAGGUUAAGAGAACGACAUUACUUUUCCCUGCUCAUUCAUCGCUGGAGUCUGAUGUAUUUAGGAAUGAAGGCAGGCUCGGUUUCCACAGGAGCAUCACAACUUCUGUCUGUAGGACUGAAGCCAUUGGACAGGUGCAGUCAACACACUAUCACCUGGUGUACACAUGCAAAGUGUGCUCCACUCGCUCAAUGAAGAAAAUAUCGAAGGUGGCCUAUCACAAGGGUGUUGUCAUAGUAACGUGUCCAGGAUGUAACAACCAUCAUGUCAUUGCUGAUAAUCUGAAGUGGUUUUCUGACUUGGAGGGUAAAAGAAACAUAGAAGAAAUCCUGGCAGCUAAAGGGGAAACCGUGAAAAGAGUUCAGGGGGACGAAGCUCUAGAGAUUGUCACUGAGGAAUCAAUAAAAGAAGCCGCAAACAGUCCAGAUGAACAGAAGCCAAAACAUCUGAGUGACGGCUCAGACAAAACAUGAGCAGUCUGAAAUCACUGAACAUUUAUAGACUUUUUAAUUCAAGCUUUUUAUUCAUUAAGAGUUAUUACGUGCGUCAUUUGCUUAUUGUUUUUUAAAGAAACCAAAUAAACAAAAAGCUUAAGAUAUA